CUGCCAGAGAAUCACUCUCGCGGUUCUCUCUUUCUGCAGUGUUUUGGAUUCAGGUAUGUUGAGCAGUUCUGUGUUUAAACGCGGUGUGUGUAUGUAGUAGCCAUUGAAAUUCGACCGUAGCGAUCGAGGUUUUGAGAAGGCCAUGACGCACUCUGAUUCUUUGCUUUUUAUCACCAACCGCCAACCACCAAAACUCAGGACAUGAGAUCAAAUCCACAAUCCUCACAACCAUGACUUGCUUGCCCCAAUGGCACUUUUCCAUGCCUUGAUCCGGACUCAUCACAUCACGUCGCGGAAAAAGGUGGCCCAUCUCCGCAAAGCAGCCGACAGGUACAAGUGCUAUGCUCUCCUGCGGAGCGGCGGCUGCCCAGGCAUCAUGUACUGCAAGGGCAGCGAAGACGGAGUCCGGGAAUGGGUGGCCACUGUGCAGAAACUGCGAUACAAGGACUUCCAGCUAGCAUCACGGCCAGCCGUGAUCGAGUCGGAUGUACCGCAGUCUGAAGAACAGCCGGGCCUUGUUGAGGUCAAGGCCAUUCAGGAAUUUGCUGCGGCCAUGGAGAGACGUGGUGUUGCGGCCUGGUGGAGGCAGGCCAUGAAUUUUUCAUGAAUCUACCGUGUAUUGUAUGUAAUGGGCGCAACAUCCGGGAUAGGGAGGAACAAUAUUCUCGACACGCCAAACGAUAAAUAAUCCGCUUCACCUACCCUCUCUUCCCUCCCCUCCCCAGCACCUUACCAACCCUCAUCAGCACCCCCGCAAACCACGGCGUCGCCCACAAGCUCGCCAUGAUCCUUACCGGCAGAAGCACCUUUGUCACGGCAUACGCCAACGCCACCUCGACCACGACACGAUACUUGUCGCCCUGCUUCCCCUGCCACAACCCUAACAACGACAUGCCUCCCUCCCCCUCCC